AUAAAACAGCUGAUCAAGGUCAAGGACGACUAUUUUUUUUUCAUCAAUAUUUGCCAUUAUUGCAGAUUUGUUUAAUAUAAUAGUUAUUUUAGUGUCAGUUACGUAAUAAAAAGACUAUAAGAUACAGAAUGAGUGUAGUUUUGAAGAAUAAGGCUUAUUCAAUAGCCGUUUUUGCCAGUGGUUUGAUCAUUGGAGCAGGAAGUUGCAUCUAUUUUCAGAAUUAUCUUCAAAAAUUAAUAUAUGAAUUGAGGAUCGUACGAACUAGAUUGGAAGUUUUAAUUAGUGAGAUAAAGACAUUAAAGAAGAAUCAGCAAAAUGCAAGAGUCGAUAGCAAGGAUAGCGAGGAUGAGAGUGAAGAAUUCGAAGAAGCUCUAGAGUGA